AUGAAGGGCCCGGACUCUUUGAUCAUGAAGUAUAUACUACCCAUCUGCGUCUGCGCAGUUGAAAGCAAGGAAGUGACUGACUAUGAGAUUGAGAGUUUCAAUGAUAAUGAUGACGAGUAUGACUUCGCACACUACGACGCUGAGGACUGUGACUCUGAGGACUACGACUCGAAAGAAUAUGACAAUGAGAGCGCUUAUCACGAUAAUUCGAGCAAUUAG